UUAUUUAAGAAUUUAAAAAAAAGUUUUAUUUAUCUAAGCUUAUUAUCUGUUAUCUUACCAAUCUUAUUUAUUAAAAAGUCUAGAGGAGGACUCAGAUUCUGUAUAAAUUAUUAUAUUUUAAAUAUAAUCUUUAUUAAAAACUACUAUCUAUUCCUACUUAUA